AUGGACCCUACACCCGCUGCCGCCGCUGCGUCGAAGCCCGGCGCCUCCUCUAGCUUUCAGCAGCAGCAGCAGAAGCUGGAGCGUCACCUGGAGCAGAAGCUGCAGCAGCAGCUGCAGCAGCAGUUGCUGCAGCAACAGCAGCAGCAGCAGCAGCAGCAGGCCACUUUGGGUUUGUAUGAUAAGGAGCCAGCAUACACCAAGCAAGAGCAAAAAGAAGAAAAGAAAGAAGAAGAAAAAACAAACAAACAACGAAGACGAUCCUCCCUUUACACCCGCUCAAAAUUCACGCAUAAACGCCAGCAGCAGCAGCAGCAGCAGCAGCAGCAGCAGCAGCAGCAGCAGCAAGACACUCUACCUAUGAGAGCGGCAGAAGAAGCGCACCAAAUGCACAAGCAACAGCAGCAGCAGCAACAGCAGCAGCAGCAGCAGCAGUGGAAGACUGAGAUGGCUGCUGCUGCAGCAGCACACGUCGGCAGCAAAGGAGAGAAGGGGCUGCCGCUGCUGCACCCAGCAGGAGACAGCAGCUGCUGCAGCCCGGUUGUUUCUACUGCAGCAACAGCAGCACCAUCAACAGCAGCAGAAACAGAAGCAGCAGCUGCUGCAGCAGAAGCAGCAGAAGCAGAAGAAGCUGCUGCUGCAGCAGUAACAGAAGAACGCCAGCCGCUGCUGAGCCGUCUUACCAGCGAUGCGUUGACAUACACUCAGCAGCAGCAGCAGCAGCAGCAGCAGGAGGAUGAGCAAGAGCAGCAGCAGCAGCAAGAGCAGCAGCAAAUAGCAGUGCAGCAGCAGCAGCAGCAGCAGCAGCAGCCGUGGAGGAGGUUUGUUGGUAGAGCAACAGCAAAGACCCAGCAGCAGCUGCAGCUGCUGCUGCAGCUGCUGCAGCAGCAACCGGCGCUUCUAUCUGCUGUUCCUUCUUUGGUGCUGGCGGGGGUCCCCAUAGCAACGGGCUCUCUCUGCUUGCUCGCGGCCAGCUUCUUACCACUGUGUGGUUUGCUGCCGGUUGCUCUUGGGGUGUAUUUGUUCUGGGGGAGGCAAAUAGCGGCGAUAAAGGGAGAGAGCAGAUGGCAUCGGUUUGGUGCUGCAGCAGCAGUGCUGCUGCUGCCGCUGCUGCUGCUUCCUGCUGCAGCAUUUGUUGCUGCUGGUGGUUUGCUGCUGCUGCUGCUGCUGCCGCUGCUGGGCAUCAUCAUCCCGCUUGGCCUCCUAUGCAGCCUUCCUCUCGCGUGUAUAUAG